AUGGACGACAUUGAGCCAUUCGAAGUCCCGUACCAGGCAUUAUGGCGCAUCAAGCACAACGGCAGAGACGGGCUGGCAUUCGAGUGGCCAGAGGCGCCAAUACUCUUGCUCCUCUACUGCUGCGUCUCGGCGACUGAAUUCGAACCGGUGCAAGAAGUGGCCGUGGCAAAGGUGCCCGCAGACUGCUCCCCAGUGGGAUGGUUCUUCCACAUGGACAGAGAAGAGGUCAAGGCCGUCUGCACGAGCAUAAUGCCGCCCAAGAACGCUGAAAGAACCAGCGACUGGAUAUCAAGCGUGACGGGGUCGCUCUCAGAAAGGAGCAUGAUAUUCUGGGAGGGCGACAGCGAAGAGGAUCUCAUUGCGUUUGGGGCCCUUGAUCCGAUCGCCGUCCCGGCCAUUCCUACAGCUAAACAGGAGAGCUGCCCGCGUAAAAUGCCCGUCACGCUCGACAAGGCCGUCAGCCAGUCUACGCUCGUGGUCGUCGAAAAGAACAUUUUCUCGCUCGCGCUGCCCAAAAAACCUCCUGACGUGGUCAUGAGUAGUAGGGCUGCUUCUGCUGCUGCUGAGCCCGACAAGGAAAGCUGCUUGUUCGAUCCGUUCAUCAGCUUUGACCAGGUGGUCGCCGAGCCGGUCGGCCCAGGAAGAAAGACAGAGAAACAUGACGAAAUCACGUACAGCUCGACACCAGAGGGCUCACAGGGCUCCGAAGAUAUGGAAAUCGAGUGGUUCUAG